CAGGUUGUUCGACUUCAUCUUCCUCAACUCCAUCUCCCCUUGUCAUCAAAUCGAGGGCUGUCAACAAGCCCGUCGAGAAAUCUUCUGUCUUUGGAGACGCUUCGCUUUUUUUUUCUCUAUCACAGAGGCAUACACUUCUGCUUCCAUAUCAGCAGCUAAUUGACCCUACUUUAGACACUCGCUCGAUACAAGGUCUCGAAGCCGCUGCGACCCGGUACAGGCUCCAGAGUAGCGACCUGAACAAUCCCUCUGUCAUUCCGAACAAAGCGGACAAGAUGAACCAAGCGCCCGGCCAGGGGAUGGCUGGUCAGCCGAAUGGUCAGGGAAUUCAAGGUCCUGGUGGCGUCCCGAACCGGCCGACCGGUGUUCCUCCCCCGAACAAUGUUCCACUAUACCGGCCAGAACAGAUGCAGCAAAUCCACAUCCUGACGGCCGAAGAGAAGUCUAAAUAUACCCAGGGUCUGGCUGCGCUCUGGAAAAUGCACGACAACUCCCCCCCGGGUUCCCAGGAGCAGAUGACUGCGAAAAACAAGAUCGCCGACUUCGGUCGCAUGCUAGCCUCCAAGGUCACUAGCCGUCGACAGCAUGCUCAGCAGGCAGCACAAGCGAACCAAGUUAACCAGGCCACACAGGUUCAAGUUCAGCAGCAGCAAAUGCAGCAACGCGCUGCUCAACAAGCCCAGGCCGCCCAACAGGCUCAACAGCAGCAGCUUCAGCUCCAACAGCAGCUUCAGCUCCAGCAGCAGGCGCAGCAACAGCUUCAGCAGCAAAACGGACAAGCCCAGGCCAACCAGGGGAAUGCCGGACCGGGUGUUCAGGGCGCUGGCGGAAUGCCAGGAGGGGUUCAGGCUCAGGGUCAAGCGCAGACAGGAGGCCAGGCUGGACAGGUGGCUGGGGGCGCAAAUCGAGCUCUGCAGGGGCAACCUCGCCCAAUGCCGCCUUAUAUCGCUUCACACAUAGCUGAACUCAUCUUCACCCCGCCGGCCAACACGACUGACAAAGCAAAGUGGCUGGAGACGGUCAAGAACCAGUACGCCCGGGCUCUCAUCCAGUCGGAAACCAGUAGGAACAGCAUGAGGCAGCUUGAUGCACUGAUGAAACCUGGGCUGUCACCGAACGAUGCAGAGCAGAUCAAGAAGAAGAGGGAGAUCUUUGAGAAGAUGCACAACGAGGGGCUCAAUCUGGCGAAUAGUAUCAGGAAACAGUUCGUUACCAACAAACCAGGCAGCACUUCCAACGGCACUCCGGGAGCUGGCGGUGGUAGUGGUGGUGAUGCAGCAGCGGCAGCAGGCCAGGCUGGAGCAGGUGUUGGUGGAGCGGGGGUGACUGGUGUGCCGGGAGGAGCAAUGCAGCCAGCCACGGCAGCCGUCAGUGCAGCGUUUGAAGCUGCCAAAAAGCAGCAGCUGGCUGCGGGUCGCAUGGCGGGACCUGGAGCAGUGAACAACAACCAGCCCCCACAGCAACAGCAGCAGCAGCAGCAGCAGCAGCAGCAGGCACCGUCGCAACCACAGCAGCACCCGCAUCAGACUCCAUCCCAGACCCCGGCCACUCCGGUGCAGUCGCAAACCACUCCCAUCUCACAAGCGCCGUCCAACCAAGUGCCUCUGCCACAGUCGCAGUCACAGUCGCAUUCACAGCCUCCGACCCAGGCCAUUAAGGUUGAGCCUGGCACCCAACCCACUCCGGUGCCUGCGCCUCUCAACACUUCACUCGCUGCUGCGCGCGGCGGCAUACCUUCGGCCGGAACUCCUACCCAAAACUCGGCCCGCAUCCAGACUCCCCAGUCAGCGACUCCCACCAUCAGCAAUAUCCAACCACUUACUCACGCCGCGGCUGUCAACGCUGCCGCUGUCAACUCGGCCUCGCAGUCCCGCCCCGGAUCCAUUGCUGGACCCCCGCCCAACACGACACCGGGCAGCGCUCCACCUCCAUCGGCUUCCAUCGCAACAGGCCCGCAAGGUCAUUCUCACGCGCACCCAUCGCAACAACAGAUUCAGACCCAAGCCUCCGCCAUGAACACCAAGUUCGCCAUCCCCAAGACUUUGGAUGAGAAGGCCAUCAAGGCUCCUCAACCGGUGCCGCACAUUGGCGGCAUUGGCAGCGGUCGUCCCACGCUCAGCGGUGGCGGCGGCACUGCCGGCGGUGUUUUGAACCAGCCCGUCCUUCCCAAGACGCCAGCCUACCAGAUCGAAGGCGAGGGCGAGCGCAUCCUUAACAAGAAGAAGCUCGACGAGUUGGUUCGCCAGGUUUGUGGUGGGACUGCCGAGGGUCAAGAUGGCAACAUGUUGACUCCGGAUGUUGAAGAGUCUGUACUGAACCUCGCCGAUGCCUUCAUCGACAAUGUCCUCCAUCAGGCUUGCCGCAACGCCAAGGAGCGCGGGUCUAAGGUGCUCGAGAUCCGCGACUUGCAGCUUGUCCUGGAACGAACGUACAAUAUCCGCAUCCCAGGCUAUUCUUCCGAGGAGCUUAGGACCGUCAGGAAGAUGCAGCCCAACAGUUCCUGGAUCAAGAAGAUGAGUGCUGUUCAGGCGGCCAAGGUUGUGCCUGGCAAGGGGGAUCUUUAGAUUCUCUCUUUUUCGUUCUUUCUUUUUACAGAGGGGUUUUUAUGCUUGGCUUGAGCAAAAGUAAUUAGACGGAGCACAGUCGCUUUUUUUAUGUGUUGUAUGGGUUUUGUAAGGCGGGU